AUGAUGCCCCCGUUGAUCCAAGGAUCGCUCUCCACAUGGGCGGCCAGGGACGACCUACAUGCCAACCUGAGCACCAGUUCUCGCCUCAAAACACACUUGCCUGGUCCGCAUGCCGCCUCUAUACCCACCCCUGGACCCUCGGCGAUCUCAAGGACUACGCUCAGUCAACGCUUCCGGCGUGCGAUCCAACAAAGCGACCUUGCCGCUGCUCAGCGAGUCGCUGCUCGAGCCUUUGAGCUACAGCUCCUCCCACGCCCAUUUGAUGACACUUCCUCGGAGCUGGCGAAUCGCUCCAGUCCGCAACCAUCGCGAGCGGCACUGCGCGCAGCAGAGGCGCAGCGUCCAUCCUCCUCGCAUCCGUUUGAUGUGCGCAACGUCGAACCCUCGGCUGAGCGCAAUGGAAUCGCCAGGCACCACCACCACCGCAAGUACACUCUCGCCAUUCACGAAGAACCUCGCGCCGAUGCGAACAGCGAGUCCGAGCCCAGCAUCGUCGUCGCAAUCAAGAACAACGCCGACGUCGAGCUCACCCGCUGGCUCAUCGAGAUGGGUCAUGAGCAAAAGGCGCCAAGCGUCGAUGCGGACGGCAACACUGUGCUCCAUCUCUCCACGUUGUACGACCGACCAGACAUCAUCUACGCCUACUCGACGUACAACACCAGCCAUCUGGCCUCCACCCUCGCCGAUCUCAUCGACGCCGAGACUCCGCACGAGCGACGCACGGCGCUGCACCUGGCGUGCAUCCGCGGGUACGACGAUGUGGCUCGCCAGCUGCUCGAUCUCGGGGCCGAUGUCGACCUGCAAGACCGUGCUGGCAAUACAGCGCUCCAUUUUGCAUCGGCUUGGGGCCACCUGUCGCUGGUGCAGCUGCUGAUCGAACGCGGAUGCUCGCUGGCGGUCCAGAACGCCGAAGGCUCAACGGCUUCGGACUACGCCUUCUCGCACGUCGUCAAGACGGCCCUCGAAUCGUUAGGUCGAGCGCGACAUGAGAGCCGUAAAAAGACGCGCAGAAUCGUGGCCGCCAACACCGCGCCGUCUUCGCUCCGAUCGGGCGUGACCAGCAGCGCAUCUGUGCAGGCAGAAGAAACGGGAGCGAUAGAGAGGCAAGCACGCGCACGUCCGUUCCCCUCGUUCCUGAGUCGGAACGGUUCCAACGGCGGAGGUGCCAAGAGCGCCAGUACCACGCCCAUCAGAACGCUGUUUGCCGAAGACUCGGGCGAUCAAACGGCCGAUCUAUACGACGACUGGGAUCCCGAAAAGACGUUUGCUCAGCCCGGCCAAGACUUGCAGCCUGGCGGUCGGGGCGUGCUGUCGUCGCCGCCCGUUUACAGGGCAGCGAGUCCAGCGACUUUUUCGACGCCGAGCCGACCUUCGGUGGAUCUGUACAGCGAAGUGCUCAAUUACUCUCCGCAAGCCUCACUGCACUCGAUCACGUCCAAGCCGUCGUGGAGCAGCGGGAUGCAGCAAGCAUCGAUGCUGCCUCAGUCACGGCAGGUGGCGCAGUCGCCUCCAGCCAUGGCACCGUCCAAGCUGCUGCGCUCGCCGGACGAGAUCAUGAUGCAAUCGCACCCGAGCAGGGGUCUAUCCCCGCAUCACACUUCGGACGCCGAGCUAUAUCGCCAGCCUUCACCGAACUUGGGGCCGAUGCGUCGUACGCCCAGUCCGAACCAUCUUGCCGCCGGCAGUGCGGGCGCUUCGGCGGACAAGCUUAAGAUGCAGGACGCCGCUGCCAUGUCGCUAUUCCGCAGUGCCACGCCACAGCCCGCUCAAGUGCCAGGCAGGAUCGACACCCCGCCUCUUGGACAGCUCGGCCGGAGUGAGAGUCCCUUGCUGCUCGUACGCAGGCCGAGCAAGGCCAAUGCAGGGGCGCGUUUGGUGCCGUCGUCGGGCGAAAGCAGCAGUGCACGGGUGGAAAAGGCUGGCCAAGGUCCACCUCUGCUGGCGCCUAUAGCGACGUUGCCGUCAGCGACGCACAGCAGAAGCGAGGAGCAUGCGGGUAGCAACGACGGUGGAGAGGCGUCGGAAGAUGAAGCCUCGCGGCUCGGUCGAGCGGCGGCGCAGGCCAAGCUCGACGAAUACUCGAGCUGGCGCCGCGACUCGAGCCCCACGACACCACGGCCGGACGAUCGCGAGACCUUUGCAUAG